AUGGAAACUCGAGAAGGGCUAAGUUCAGGGGUGACGGUGAUAGGAGCUGAAACGCCGUCCAAUUACCAUGUAGCUCAGAGGAGCGAAAACCCUAACCAGGUCGGUGUUGGGGUUCCGCAGCACCAGCAGCAGAUGGUGCUGUCUUCUCCGGUCAGCGGCGGCGGCAGCGGCGGCGGAGAGAAGAAGAAGCGAGGUAGGCCGAGGAAGUAUGCACCGGAUGGGGUUGGGAACAGAGCUUUAUCGCCACUGCCAAUCUCUGCUUCGGCCCCACCUGCCUCAACUGUGGCUGGAGACUACUCUAACUCUCACUCUGUUGUGGGGAAACCCAGUAAAGUGCUGUCAGCUGGGUACGAGAAAAAGAAGCACAAGAAAAUUGGAAUGGAGAAUCUUGAUGAUUGGGGUCCUCAGUCUGUUGGCACAAAUUUUACCCCUCAUGUCAUCCCUGUUAAUGCCGGCGAGGAUGUCACAAUGAAGGUCAUAUCUUUCUCACAACAAGGACCUCGAGCCAUUUGCAUUCUUUCAGCGAAUGGAGUGAUCUCGAAUGUUACUCUUCGUCAAUCUGAUUCUUCUGGGGGUACCCUGACAUAUGAGGGUCGCUUUGAAAUACUUUCCUUGUCUGGAUCAUUUAUGCCGACUGAGAGUCAAGGGUCGAGAAGCAGAUCAGGUGGGAUGAGUGUCUCUCUGGCAAGCCCUGAUGGCCGCGUUGUUGGGGGCAGCGUUGCUGGUCUCCUGAUAGCUGCUACUCCUGUACAAGUUGUGGUGGGUAGUUUCCUGCCAGGGAACAACCAGCCAGAUCCUCCUAAACCAAAGAAGGUGAAGAUGGACCACUCCGUCGUUCCGAUUUCUGUCGCACAAGAAGCUCCGGCGAUCACUAUGGGUGGGAUCCAUCAUGUGGAAAGAGAUGACAAUAAUAUGGGUGGACAUAUGCAGAACUCGUUUCAUCGGCGGGACACCUGGGCGGCUCUCCAAUCGAUGUCAGAUCAUCAUAGGAAUUCAGGAACUGAUAUCAACAUCUCGCUGCCGGAGGGUUGA